AUGGAGAAGUACUGCCCAGUCAAGACGCUCCACCGGAGCAUGUACCCGGCCAUCGACCCUACCAACCCCGCCAACAGCGCAGCUGGCAAGACCGUCGCCAUCAGCGGCGGCGGCGGCGGCAUAGGAUACGCCAUCGCACGCGGCUUCUGCAAAGCCGGUGCUUCAACCGUUAUCCUCCUUGGCCGCCGCCAAGCCGUGCUCGACGAAGCAUCCGCCAAACUGCACGCCGACCACGGCACGACCAUCUGGACGUACAGCCUCGAUGUGCGCGACGCCUCGACCACGAACACGACCUUCGCCUCCAUCCGCGAACGCCUCCGUUCCGCCAGCAACGACUCCACCGCCGACGUCGACGUCCUGGUCGCCAACGCGGCAGUGCUGGACCAGGGCGAAGUCUCGCUCGAGUUCGACCCGGCCGUGAUCCAAAACGCCUUCGCGACCAACGUCUUCGGCGUCGCGAACCUCGCGCGCGCCUUCCUCGCGCCCGAGCUGCCCGCCAUACCCAAUCCCGGAUGGAAGCCCGGCGUCGACCCCGUCGGCACGAAGAAAGACACCACCGCGCGUGCCGCCGCCCCCGCCCGCGCCAAGGUCCUGAUCGAGGUCUCGUCGGCGGCCACGCACAUGAUUUUCCCGGGGCUGGCUCUGUACAGCGCGACGAAGCUAGCGGCGACGCACUUUGUGCGCCACUUGCAGGCUGAGCUGGAUCGGAUGCCGGGGCAACCUGUGCGCGUGCAUAGUUUUCAUCCUGGCGCGCUUUAUACGCCUGGCGUGGAGGCGCUGGGAAUCAAGGAGGAGGUCCUUCAGGGCGAUGAUAUUAGCUUGCCCGAGGGUUUUGCCGUGUGGCUUGCGUCGCCGGCUGCGGCUUUUUUGAAGGGCAGGUUGCCUUGGGCUGCUUGGGAUGUCGAGGAGCUGUUGAAGCUGAAGGCUAAGUUUGAAGAGGAUCCGGAUUUCUGUACUGUUUCGAUGAAGUUGUGA